AUGCCCGAAGUCGAGCGCGAGCACGUGCAGAAGGUGUACGAUAUCGUCGCGCAGCAAUGGCACGGCACGAGGUAUCGCGCGUGGACCGGGGUGGAGGCUUUCGUUAGGAAACAGCCGCCCGGUUUGCUCGCCGCGGACGUCGGAUGCGGCAACGGUAAGAACAUUCCCGAAAUCGUCAAGGGCGGUGGUUUCGCGCUCGGAAGCGACUUUAGCAGAGGCUUGAUUGAAAUCUGUCGCGAUAGCGGAUACGAGGUAAUGGUGGCCGACGCCGUUAUUUUGCCGUAUCGAUCCGACGUGUUCGACUACGCGCUCAACAUCGCCGUGUUGCAUCACAUAUCGUCUCCCGAACGUCGCGUGGAGCUCGUAAAGGAAACGAUGCGCAUCGUCAAGGUUGGUGGUGUCGCAUUAUUCUACGCCUGGGCGCUCGAGCAAGAGCAAGGGGGGGUUUCUGGUCACCAAUUUGAAGGCCAAGACGUCUUGGUGCCGUUUCAUAACAAGAUCAAAGUCAAGGGCGUCGCGCCCGAGGACGAGCGAGAGCGCCAAUCGCGCGUGAGCGGCGCGCCCACGCACGGUGAGGCCGAUCGCGAGAAACGAUCGGUUGUGUAUCAGCGAUAUUGUCACGUGUACACCGAGGGUGAGCUUCCAAAGCUGUUUGAAAACCUUCCUUGGUGCGAGGUCACGGCGGCGUAUUACGAUCACGGCAACUGGUGCGUCGAGGUUUUGAAGACGUCUCGUCCUUAG